AGAUCGAUUUGGGAACAAAAUGCGUGGUAGAUAUGGACGAUACGCAAACGAUAUUGUUUUCAUCGGCCUCGAGAGACAGGUCUGUGCGAACGCUCGAAUGUGGGGACAACGUGCCACUUCGUAUUUUUAUUUUCAUUUUAUUUGUAAAUUUUUACGAAUUCAAGGUGUUUAAGUUAUCGAUCUGACACCAGAGUAAUAUUCUGGAUGUCUAGAUUUACAGUUUUAUCGCUUCUUUAUCAUCAUUUUCUGUCAUUUGGAGGUGAAAUCGCGCGUGUAGUUGGUUCCUCGCAGGUUUUUGUUUUGAAUCAUAAUUGCUUUAAAAUUAUUGAUUUUUUGAAGAUAUUUUGCAUUCUUAACCAAACACCGUUACGUAAGGUUUUGUGCAUUGCCCAUUUCUUCGUUUCAUGGUGAUCUUUUCCUUUUUCGUGCUUGUUUUUUGAGGAUCCAUUAAAGACACAUUUUAAGAGAUACGACUUCUAUUUCCGCUGUCACUUUCCACGCUAAUGAUUGAGGUUUCUUAUGCUAUAAUGGUGAAUAUUUCUCCGCUUUCUUAUCUUCGGUAUCAAGCUUGCAUCUGUUUAUAGGUGAGAGAAUACUUGACAAUGUCUCGCUUUCCGAUCGAAAGGAUUUUUCAGUGAUUGUAACGUGUUCUGCCCUAUUAUUAUAUAACACAAAUUCCAGCCUUGUUUUAAAGAUUUAAUAAGCCGUGGUUAACACUGAAAAUCUACUCAGCGCUGCAAGUUAAAAGUAGCUCUCGUUGAAAGCGGUAUUAUCUUCAGACGUCAACAGAAUCACUGUCUUAAACCAUUGGAUUAGCUUUCGUCUUGCUGUGAUUUACAGAUUUGUCGCAUUUUUACAUGAAAGUACGCUCGCGAACGCUAUUGUUCAGUGAUCAAUAUUCCUGUCGGCAGAAGCAUUUUAUAAAGGAAAUAAAUAGUUUCCGUUAUCAAACUGUCUUCAACAUUGAAGUCUACAAAUCGCUCGAAGGGGGCCAUAGCUUUUUAAUUGGAACGGAAAUAAUUGGUGAUGAUGAGUCGUUCGAGAAUCUUUCUCUGCCCACUUAGUCUUCGUUGUAAACAAUGGCAAGCCGGUUGAUUGCUUUCAAAAAGACCUGUAAACAAAAUGGGCUUAAAAUUACUAGAAAUGUAAACACAAGACGAGCAAUGAUUUGCAGAGUCAAGAAUUAACUUCCACUCGAGAUAUUUGUGUCGAGUGUUGAUGAUUUGAUUCGAAGUGUGCCAAAUAAAUGCUUGUCAUUCUGUUCGAGUAAUCGGUUUUCCUUCAGGCAAUUCUAGAAGUUUUGAUCAUUCCAUGUACCUAGACGUAAUUUUAAUCAAUAUGUAACAUGAAAGCUCAAUUCUAGUUACUGAUUUCGGUUUUUCUUUUUAUUCACAUUAUUCUUGGAUUUUUUCUGGAGACAGGAAGAACACAAAGGUAUGUUUAACCAGGGUCAUAAUAAUUUGCAGUUUAGUUACAGCGGAAACAAGUAUUUAGCCUCUGUCCACGCACCUUCCUUCCUUUUAUGCAUUUUAAACUUAUUUUGAUAUUUUGUCCAAGCUUUGUGAAUAAUUUUUAUACAAAAAGAUUUUUUACUCUGUCUCCAAUUUAAUCCUCUUGUUUAUCACAAGAGAAAAGAUAAAAAAAUAAGAUUAAAAUUUAAAAUAAUUUGCCAGAUUGAUAAAGUGUGGAAAUGUUAUUACAAGCACGUAUGAAAAAGUGAUACCUCUGUACUGAGCAAAAAUGGCAUCAAUGCAUUAAUGAAAAUUAAAAAUAUGUGUAUGAUUUAACAAAGUUUUUAAUUUGUCACUCUUAGAGGGAAUAUUAAAUCAAUCCUGACAGAAUAUAAGUUUGUAAAUGUUAUUAAAAGAUCUCUAAAAAUUUUGUUAUUUAUCCUUAAAUGCAUUCUGUUUAGAUUUAAUUUUUGUAAAUUUAAGGGCAGGGUGAAUUUGAUAUGAGAAAAUAUGUGUCUAAACAUUGUUUUAAAACAUUGUUUUUAAAGAUGUUUUUUUCAUAUCAUUUUUUUUAUUAAAAUUUCUUAAGGGGUGAUUUUCUGGGACCUAAUGUUCAAGUUUCCUUAACUCCUUGUACAUGUUUGUCACAUUUGAAAAACACUUUUUUUAUUCCUCAUAAGUGCAGCAUAUAUUCCAGACCUUUUUAAUGAAGAAAAGUGUUUUGUUAUCUUUUCAUUGCCUUGCAUAUGUGUUCUUGAAAUGGUAUGACUGUUUUGAUUAAUGGCAUUCUUUGAAUUUUUUCUUUAAAAAGACUUUUGCAUUUGAUCACUGCUUUUGGUCGAUGGAAGAAAGUAACAACAAAUAUGCAAGUAAGUUCAUGCCUACCUUUAACCCUUUACAUCCUAAUAUCUGUAUGCAUAUUCUCCAUACUGUUCUCUCUACAUUUCCCAAGGUGCUGACAGGGAGAAUUUGUGUAACAAUCAAGACCUUUAGUUGGUGAUUAGUUAUAAGAAACUGUAUCAAAAGGGCUAUUGUAAACUUCGAGACGUAAUUUCUUGAUUCCCUUUAUUGAUUCGUACUUACUACAACAACAUCUAAUUCGUAUCAUAAAAACCUAAACUUCGUAACUUCGCAUAACCACUCGUCUUCGCUUCGAAAAGGUACUACUUAUAUUACUUGGCUCACGUGUCUGUCAAUCAACAAAAUCACUUCUGCACUGUACAAACAAAACCACAUAUCUCAUUACAUAAUUGUUCUUGCGUGGGACGUCUCAAUGUUUCUUACAAGGGCUAAGGAAGGUCAUAGUUAAAAAUCAAUAAGGAAAGAUCAAACAAUGGAAAAAAACUUGAAGUCAUUGAUGUGACAAUGGCUAUUUUGCUGUUCUGUGAAGUUAACUUGUCUGUUGGUGUGUGUUUGUAGUGUUUUAUAUUGUUCUGAAAUGUUCAUGUUUUCUUCCAAGUCCUUGUUUUAAUGCUGUACUUUACAUGCAUUGAUUUUAAUUCUGUUUAAGGUAAAACAUGAGAAUUGCUCUUAAAAUUUAUCAUAAGUUUAUUUAGUAACUUUUUAAAUAAGUGGUGUGAAGGUUGGAAAAUUGGCAGUUCAGUAUUGAAAUCAAAGCUAUUUCAAAUGAAGAACUUCCUGCCUUGAAUUUCCUGGACAAGGCAAGUGGGAAAAGCAGCUGUAUUCUUCCAGUUUCUAACCUUGCCCCACCUACAUUAAUUUAGAUUUUGACUUUUUUUGGGAAUCUGAAUUAAGGCAUGAAUGAAAGUGAUCCUUGCAGUGAUGAGCACUACAUGAGCAGUUCACAGCACAUCUUUAUCCGCAGUUCAAAUAUAUGGCUUUUAUAUAUUCUUAGCCAUUUAUUCAUCACUUCACGGGUUUAUUUGGAACCAACGUAAUGACCAGCUCCCAGUUGGCUUGUUAGCUCAGUUGGUAGAGCCCUGCACUGGUAUCGCAGAGGGCAUGGGUUCGAAUCCUGUACAGGCCUGAAUUUUUUUCAGGCCUUAUUUUCACUACUGCUUAAGUAGUGCACAUUACUGCGAGGAUCACUUUCUUUCACGUCUUUAUCCGCUGUUCAAAUAUAUGACUUUCAUAUAUUCUUAGCUGUUUAAUCUGAAUUUAGUUACACCAUUUUGUUACUCUCAUUUUCUGAAGCAUGCCUUACAUGUUAAAUUGUAUAGGGAAAUGAUGAAUUGUAGGAAAUUGCUCAAUUCCUGAUGAACAUACUAUUUAUUUUGGGCUUUCAUUACAGAAUGUCAUAACAGGGAAGUAGUGGAUAGUAGCAGAAGAACAUCCCCCAUUUCUGUAGAAAAAGUAGUCCUGCAUGUUGAAAUUUGGAUAGAAAAUUUGAGAAUUUUCCAUUAUCCAAACUUAAUGAGUGUCUUUCUACUCUUUUCUCUUGUUAUGAUUCACUGGAUAUGCAAAUUGGAAGGUGUUUAUUGGUAAUCCAAUUGAAACAAUCUGAUCUACAUAAGAAAUAGCUAUUUUAUAGAAGAAUUUUGUCGGAAAAUGAGAAAUAAUUUAUAUAUUCCAAUUAUGGAGUUGCAUUAGUAUACAACAGCAUAUUGGGAAGGUCAGUUCAAACAGUGAUUGAUACAAAUAAGUUUACUUGUUGUUGGUAGCCAUGUAGUAUUUUUGUGCUAUUCUAUUGUAACCUAUUCUUUAAAAUGAUAAAUCACCAACAAUAGGAAAACAAAAGGUCUACCUUAUACAUACUAAUGCAGAUGUGUCAAGUCAAUGCAUGCACAUGCAAUUUUUUAACUUACACUUUUUUUUAAUCACACUUGCAUGCAAUUUUUUGGCAUUUUCUAUGUGUUUUUUGAUUAACAUAUAUGUGAGCAGUACUGUACUUCACAGAUUGUAUAUCUUGAAAAAAUUGAGUAUAAAUAUUUCAAGUUUGGUGUUUACAAUGCCUGUUAAUCUUUCCCAUUGACAGUCAUCUUUCUGGCUUAUGGUUUAAUCCUUUUAUUUUUAAUGGAUUGUGUUCUGUCACUCAAGUGGAUAUUGUCUUUUUAAGAUUCUUACCGCACUAGGAUUUUUUGCUUAUCUUUAUAAUGAAUUUCUUUUCUGUCACCAAAAACACCUCAAAAUAUAAUAAUAUUACUUGAUGUAUAAACGGCUUAAAGUAAGUUGGCUGAGUUUUCAUUGUUUACUCUUCAUUUAGCGCAUUGCAGACGUACAUGUUAACAUCGACCUUUUCCUUUCAUUUAAAAUUGUCAACCAUUAAUCAAAAGAGCAAGUAAAAGUUAGUCUCCAAGGUGUAUGCUGUGAGUCAAAAUGUCACUGUUUUACAACCUGUUCUUGUAAAGUUGGAAGUUUGUUAAUAGUGAUGCACUGAUGAUUUUUCUGUUUCUGUUUCAUUUAUCAGGCCAAGAAAAAGUUUACAAGUGUCUUGGUGCAGAUGUUUUGGAGAAUUCCUUUGAGGGCUACAAUGCCUGUAUUUUUGCUUAUGGACAAACAGGUAAAAAGAGAAUGCAUCAGCUGUGAUUUACAAGGCAGCUUCUCAUGCUUGUCUUUUCUUCCUCUAAUUCUUUUUCUACUACGUUAGUUCUUUGUGAUUACAUUGGACUUCAUAACGAGAUCUGAGCUUAAGAACUGACCAGGACCAUUGAUACCAACAAAGUGUCAGGAAUGUAUGACAGAGCCAUAGGAGGGAGGCAUGCUGGGAGGAGGAGGGGGGCAUGGGGAAAGGAGGAGGGGGACAUGUGGGAAGGAGGAGGGGGGCAUGUGGGAAAGAGGAGUAACAAUGCUCCUCUCCCCUUUAUGCUACAGAAACAGUGAUACAUGUAAGUUGUGGCAAUGGUGUGCUAUCUGGGUUCUUCACUCAUGUAACUGACAUCAUUCCUUCCUUGUUUUUAGGAUCGGGAAAGACAUACACCAUGAUGGGAAGCCAGAACCAGACAGGCCUGAUUCCCAGACUGUGUAAUGAACUGUUUGAUCGGAUUUCAAGUGUAAGUUGAACUUGCCAUAAAUAAGUGGAAGUUGGGCAUCGAGAUGGAAUGAACAAAAAUGUGUUCAACAAACUAUUUAUCUAUUUAUCAAACAUUUCACAUUUACUAACUAACAUAUGUCACUACAAUCUUUCCCUCAGAAUGAAGAUGAGAACAUCACAUACAAAGUGGAAGUCUCCUAUAUUGAGAUCUACAAUGAGAAAGUCAGAGAUUUGUUGUGCCCUAGAGGGUAUGUCAAUGAUAUCUAUGUUUGUACAAGUCGGAACAUACCUGUAUAGAUUUUGCCUCUUUUAUUUAGGGUAGCAUAGGGGUUCCUGAUCCUUUUUCAUGCACAAGUUUUAGAAUACAUGCAAACUGAAAGCAGAGUAGGAAUUUACCUUUUUUGAUGAGAUCUACAUUUGUAUAAGUUGCAACAUACCUUUUUAGAUUUUGCUUCUUUUAUUGAGGGUAGCAUAGAGGUUCCUGAUCCCAGUUCAUGCACAAGUUUUGAAUACAUGUUAACCAAGAGAAAAGAAGGAAUUUGCCUUUUUUUUCUGGAUCACAUAAAUACAGAUGAUAUUUCAUAAUAAAUCUAGUGAUGCAUUUUUAAUUUGGCAUUAAAUAAUGUAAGAUAUUUUUUGUUUAGAAACCAAGCAACACUAAGAGUGCGAGAACACAAGAUUUUAGGGCCGUAUGUUGAAGGACUCACAAAGCUUGUUGUGUCAUCCUUCAAGGUAAGUUUUAGUACAGCACAAAUAACAUUCCUGUAAAAUCUAGAUGAGUAAGAAUUAUGAAUUAUCUUGAAUUCUCAAAGAUAAUAAAUUAGUCUUAGCAUGGAGUUAUGUUAUCCUUCAGGAUAUUGAGAAUCUAAUGAUUGAAGGAAACAAGUCCAGAACUGUUGCUGCUACCAACAUGAACACAGAGAGCAGCAGAUCACAUGCAGUGUUCAACAUUGUGCUCACAAGAUCCGAGUACGAUAAAGAAACAGAGGUAUAUAUUAAUAACCCUUUAACUCCCAAGAUCUCAUUAGUAAUUCUCCCAACUGUCUGCCAUACAGUUCUUGUUAUGUUUAAUUGGAGAAUUUGGUAUUGGAUCAACUUACAAUCCCCCAAUUGAUAUUUUUCUUUAUUCUCAUCACUUAAUAUUGUAUUAAUAUUGUAAGGAGAAAUUCUAUCUUGGUCACUCAUGGGAGUUAAAGGGUUAAAUUGUAACAAAAACUUUAACCUGAAAUGUUUAAUUUUGAUGAAGAAUCUAGUUAUCCAUUUCUUUGAAUUUUGUGUAUUUUUGACCAUUUCUAUAAACUAACUCAUUCAAGAUCCCAGAUCCAUAGUAAUUAACAUAACUUUGAUGUUUUACAGUCUAUUGGUGAAAAAGUGAGCAAACUAAGUCUUGUAGACUUGGCAGGCAGUGAAAGGGCCAGUAAGAGUGGGGCUGAGGGAGAGAGACUUAAAGAGGGCAGUAACAUCAACAGGUACCUUCUACUUUGGGCCUCUCAAUUUGUGCCCCUCUGUGUUUGUUCAUGAUAGCUACAUGGUGCUGUAGUGCAGUGAAGCUGUUGACUGUGGUUGAUAAGUUUUAUCAAUUUUGUUUCAGAUCCCUGGUUACUCUGGGUCAAGUUAUUUCAAGUCUCGCUGAGGUAUUCCAGAUUGGUCAAAUUUAAUUCUGUCUGUCUCAGAAAACAGUUGUUUCAAUGUUUUACACUGUUCAGAUGUAUUCUUCUGAAAUUCAGCUACUCUAGAUGCUGCAAGACAUAUGAAACUCUUUAAGACAUUUUUUUUACUUCUUUUUAGUCUGGAGGUAAAGGAAAGAAGGCUCUUCAUGUGCCAUACAGAGAUUCAGUUCUCACUUGGCUAUUAAAGGUAAGGAAAACAACAAACAAGCAAACAACAACAGCAACAAAGACAUAGCUAAGGGGAAAUGAUAAAGGUCUCAAUACACAGUGCUUGUUUUAGAAUACAUGAAGAGAUGAAUGUGGUUUUAUUAAAAAGGAAAAUUACUGAGUUCCAUUGAACUGUGAGUUCUGUAUGAAUGAUCAAAUGGAUGCGUGAAAAAAGAAGCCAAUUUUCUGAUUUCUUCUCUCAAGUCUAGGAGAUACACUGUGUGUAAAUGUAUUUGAUCCAAAAUAUGUAAUUUUUUGAUCUGCACUAUGGGUAAAUAUUGAGAUUUGAAAUUCAGAAAAAUGAACAAAUCAAGGUUGUUAAAUCAGGCUUUUUCUUAAAUCCCUCUGUGGCCAUUCUGAAGAAGCUCUUAUGUUUUGCUAAUAUUAGGACAACCUUGGUGGCAAUAGUAAGACAGUGAUGGUGGCCACAGUAAGUCCUGCUGCAGAUAAUUAUGAGGAGACCCUCUCUACAUUAAGAUAUGCUGACAGAGCAAAACGUAUUGUUAACCAUGCUGUGGUGAAUGAAGAUCCAAAUGCAAAGGUAUUAUGACUUCCUUUAAUUUGUAUUUUUUUUCUUAAAUUUCUCCCUUAGAUCUGGUGUGAAAUUUGAAUUUGGCUUGAUUUGACCUAGGACUCUAAAUUAAAACUGGGGCGAAAACUCUGGCUGGGAUAUCUGUGUGGUGUUUGUGAACAGGAUACUUAGCUACUACAUUGCCUUUCUCUACCCAUGAGUGUCAGGGAAACUUGAAAUGCAGGGGGGGGGUGGGAGAGGGUGACAGGCAAGCAUCUCAUCCAGGUGGAGUAGCAAAACAAGUUGGAAAUUUAAACUACUUAAUCCUUUUCUGAUGGUGAUUUUUCAUGCAAUUUUGACAGAUUAUCCGUGAAUUGCGCGAGGAAGUUGACCGUCUUAAGAGAAUGCUUGCAGCUAAAAUUGCUGGGAAGUCGCACAUUGUUGAACCUGGAGAGACCACCAUUGAGAUUAAAGAAAUGUUGUCUGAGAGUGAGAAGCUGAUGAGUGAGUGUACAAUGACAUGGGAACAGAAGGAGAAACAGACAGAAAAAAUUCAGCAGGUACAUUCAUGAAAAUUGAUAGCAUAAAAAUGUUGUUUAAAAACUGUGAGUUGAGUAGCUGCCAUAGAAACUCCUUGGUUGUAUGCACAUCUCUUUAGACCAUUUUUUUCCCUUUCAUAUAAAUUUCCCUUGUCCCUUUGGCUUAGACGUACGAAAGGGAAGCAGCCCCACCCUGACCAAAGGGACACCCUACCCUCUAGAUACAGUGCCCCUUUAAUAUUUACCAAAGUGAGAGUUGUCAUCAGUAGAGGCUCAUGUUUAUUUUGUUCUCUUAAAGUCAUUUGGUGAAACAACUUCAAAGUGAAAUAGUAUUUCUAUUUUCAACAUAUUAAAUGAAUGUUUUAAUUUCACUUAACCAUAUACAAAGUAAGUUCCCCUUGAGCAAAACUCACUCAAAAAAUUGCAGAAUUCUUUAAGGUUUUCUUUACAUUGUUGAACUCAGGAAAGACACAAGGCUCUUGAAGAGAUGGGAAUCUCAGUGCAAUCAUCAGGAAUUGCAGUGGAAAAGUCCAAGUUCUAUCUGGUCAAUUUGAAUGCUGAUCCGUCGAUGAAUGAACUGCUUGUUUACUAUUUAAAGGUGAUAAAAGGAACUUAUCAGCAGAUAAGAAUGGUAGUCAUGCCCUUUUCUAUGGAUACCAUACGAUCUUUACAAGAAUGUUGUAAUUAGCAGUUGAAAACUUUUGUUUUUAAAGUACAGUGUGCUGUGGCUAGUGUUUACACAAGAUCCUGCUUCUUCUUAUCAUAUAAAGUAUUAUACAGAAGCAAAAUGUAAAUUCCCAGUACAUGUAGAUAAGAAUUUUCAUGAGUUUAUGUCACCUGUAUGCUGUUGUUGUCCUAUGGAUGCCACAAGUUGUAAAAAUUUAUUUCCAAAGAGAAUUUAGUAUUGGAUCAACUUAUUAUACCCAAGUUUAUAUAUUUCUUUAUUCUCAUCACUUAUCUGGUUGAUAUUGUAUUGAUAUUGUAAGGAGAAAUUCUGUCUUGGUCACUCGUGGGAUUUAAAGGGUUAAGCCCAUUGUUGAAAUGUGCACCUAAGCUGACCCUGGCCCAGGAGCAUGAGCUUUGUAAUAAAUAUGAUGAUUUUUAUCAAAUUAUUUUACCGUUAUUCAUUUGUGCAAAAUUUAAUUUUCUCGCAGGAACAUACUAUUGUUGGAAGACCCGAUGCCACACAUGCCCCAGUGAGUAUGAAAAUUGAUCAUAUGUUCCAAUAUAGAAGAAAGUGACUUAUCAAAGAUAGCAACCAGGGUGGAACUUGGGCAUGAUGUGAAAAUUACCCAGAAAAAUCUUUCUGAGUUCCAGAGGCUGAGAAAUUUUGUAAAGUUCGAAACGGGUUCGGAACGAUUUUGGAAGGGUUUCUGAAAGAUUUCUUAAUCUGGUCUUUGUUACAAUUUCUGAUUUCUGAAGAGGGUUUCUGGACGCUACCUUAAGGUUCCUAAAGGGCUUACAAAGAUGUUUCUAAAUGAUUCUAAUGAGGGUUGAAGAGAUACUGUAGACAGAAGUUUCUACUGGACUGUCUUAGUAGGUUUUACAGUCGAGUCGCCCGAAACCUGAGUCAUGUUGCCCUAAAUUUCAGUUAUGUCGCCCGAAACAAAAAAAGUCAAGUCGCCCGAAGAAACAAAUAUUAAAAAGAUAUGAAUUUCAGACUGUUAAAAGGCAAUAACGUUGAGAAAUUUUUAUCACUAAAGCGCUCUUUGUUUCCGACAACACCAUGAAGAUUCUUAAAGUGUUGUUCGUUCCUAACAACAAAGGGAAACGUUGUUCGUUUCCAACAACAAAAUGAAGCGUUGUUCGUUUGGUAUGUAAUCGUUUCUUACUCACGGACGUUUCGUAAGCUUAUGGAACUUUUUCUUGGUUUCUAACAAUACCAUGAAGACUUUGACUACGCAGAAAUCGAUCGUAUGCUCGGAAUUGAAAUAUGUUUGAGCAACGAUUCUAAAAGCGUUGUUCGUUUCUAACAACAAAGGGAAUCGUUCUCCGUUUGUAACAAAAAAAUGAAGCGUAGUUCGCUUGGUAUGUACUCGUUUCUUACUCACGGACAUUUCAGAUGCUUGAGAAACUUUUUCUUGGUUUCUAACAAAGCCAUGAAGACUUUGACUACACAGAAAUCGAUCAUAUGGUCAGAAAGGCCAUAUGAUCGGCUGUAAUCGUCGCACUAUAGAGCUUGUUGGCGUGGUUUAACGUCAUCAUCACACUCAAUGCAAGGAUGAAUGCUCAUUUUGAUCAGUUCGUAUUCUUAUUGUAGCUAGCUUUACCCUCUUCAUAUAUACUUUGAUCGGAUCAAAAUAUACAUGACCAGAGGAAACAGAGCACAACUACAUAAUUUCUGCCAGUUCUGAUCCAAAGGGAAAUGAUGCUAUCUGACUACUACUGUGAAAAAAGUCAAGCAUAAACAAUAGACUGUUAUCCUAAAAGUAUCACGCUUACCUUACGCAAGGCAACAAGUUAAUUUUUAAUGUUACGAAGUUUACAUAAAACACAACAUAACUUUAUUUUUGUUACACGCUUUACCUUUUACCGACUUGUCGAACGCGACAAUCGACAUUCGUUUACCAGGUGUUUUCAUCUGUUAUUGUUAAGAAAGUCACGAACAGAUCAGAAAAUUAGAAACGGAGAACGAUUCCCUUUGUUGUUAGAAACGAACAACGCUUUUAGAAUCGUUGCUCAAACAUAUUUCAAUUCCGAGCUUACGAUCGAUUUCUGCGUAGUCAAAGUCUUCAUGGUAUUGUUAGAAACCAAGAAAAAGUUCCUUAAGCUUACGAAACGUCUGUGAGUAAGAAACGAUCACAUACCAAACGAACAACGCUUCAUUUUGUUGUUGGAAACGAACAACGUUUCCCUUUGUUGUUAGGAACGAACAACACUUUAAGAAUCUUCAUGGUGUUGUCGGAAACAAAGAGCGCUUUAGUGAUAAAAAUUUCUCAACGUUAUUGCCUAUUAACAGUCUGAAAUUCAUAUCUUUUUAAUAUUUGUUUCUUCGGGCGACUUGACUUUUUUUGUUUCGGGCGACAUAACUGAAAUUUCUGGCAACAUGACUUAGGCUUCGGGCGUGAUGACUCUCGGGCGACUUGACCGGUUACCCUUAGUGGAGAGGGAGACUUCAUUCAAAGUAAAGUUUACUACCCUUAGUGACUUUUUUAUAAUUUUUUUUUUCAUAGGAUAUUCAACUGGGCGGGCUUGGAAUAUUACAGGAGCAUUGUCAGCUUGAUAUAGAGGGCAAUGAAGUGUAUGUUACACCGCUAGCCAAAACAGGGUAUGUGCAUUGUACUUCUUAUAACUGAGGUUCAAAAAGUAUCAAAUAUUACCAUGUUUAUUGUACAGCUGUAAGCUAAGCUUACUACUGUUUUAUCUGUGUGUAGCACGUGUGUUAACGGAAGACUUGUGGAAGAGAAGACGCAGCUCAAACAUGGAGAUCGUAUUCUGUGGGGGAACAACCAUUACUUCAGAAUAAACUGUCCCCGUCUACCAGGUGUGUAGAGCUGAAAUUAUUCCUCAGUGUUUAUUCUUCUUCUCCUACCUUCGUCCCUGUUCCUUUGGUCACUCUCUUACUGGGUUAGGUGCCUCAGUGGCCAUGUGGCAACUUAUAACCUCUACAUACUUUUUAACCCUUUGGCAAACAGGAAGUGAACAGCAAGUGGAACAAACGGUUGAUUUUCAAUUUGCCCAGACGGAGUUGAUGAUGAAUGAAAUGAGCGCAGGUAAACGUACAUCACAUUGAUUUUUUUUCCAGUACAUUUCUAAAUGUUACCUCUCAUUCAGUCGCUUGCUGAGUGGAUUUCAACUGCGUUGUACACCCAUGGAUAUGAUAUAAUUAUUCGGGCGCACGCUGAAAACAAAGACAGCGUAGUUCAGUGCCGCUCAGCGCAUCAAAUCGCUCGCAAAACCUCUCAUGCAGCCACGUAGGAUGUUGUGUAUCUGCCUGUGUCUGUUGAUAUUGGUUAGUAGUCUAAAUAAAGAAAAAACGCAGUAAUGGUGUUAAAAUCAAAUCCCAUAUCACUGUUUUUUUUCCUCAUUUUCUUGGCCAGGGCCCCUCAAGGAAUCUGUCAAAGCUCUUGAAGAGCAAUAUAAAGCGGAAAAACAAGGUAAAGUGAAAAAAAGAGAAAAAUCGCGGUGAGAUUUUUGAAAGCAGUAUAAAAUACUCAAAUGCACGUAAGACGUUUUAACCUUUGACUCAAUAGAACGCUUUUCCGUGAAGUGUAGCAAACCUAAAACCAACAAUGACAAUAAUAACUUUAUUUUAAGAGGGAGGCGCAACAACCUCUUACAGUUUUCUAAUUGACGGCCAAAAGAAUUAUCAGGGAACCGUCUUAACAAAAGAAAAUUUCGCAGUCAUUCAACAUUAAAUUAGAUUGAAACAAGCAUACUGCCUGACGUGCGUAAGACUCAAGUGAUCAAGUCGGAAUUAGUUUUAGUUUUAAAUGUGAUUGGUGCAAGGAUUUUGACCAAUCAUAGACCGCAGUGAAGCGAAACCAAUGAAUGGCGGAGUGUUUAGGACUCUUCAUGACAGAUUUCUUUAAUUCAUGCUUUUCAGGAGCCUUAGACAGGCAACGUCAAAUGUACGAAGAAAAGAUUGAGGAAUUACGUAACCAAAUGGUUCCAAUGGGGCGGCAGAGUAUGGGAGAGCGUACAUUCAGCAUCAGCUCUUUUAGUUCGGGAUACGGAUCAUCAAGGAUGUCAUGGUGUGAUGACAGGUGAUUAAUUCUUUCUUAUAGCUCCCAUACAUUUCAUCAUAAAUCUGCUGGGAGAAUUUGGUGCUGUAUCAAGAUAUCAACUACAAGCAGAGUCAGUCGUCAUGGCAGCCACUUGGAGUCAUUAAGCGCUCUGAAAGCUGAGGGUAAUUGCUAUGGUUGGGUACUGAAAAUCUAAUGCUUUGUUUCUUCGUUAUUUUUUUAACCAGCAGGGAGAAUCUGAUUCAGUUUGAAAGAAAACCCUUGGUGCUCAGAGAGGAAGUGAUCAAAGCCAACACUCUCGUCAGGGAAGCCAACCAGUUGAGUGAGGAGAUGGGUAAAGAAACAGAAUUUGCCGUGACGCUUCAGGUACAUUGAUAGAUUUAGGUAGAACUGUGGUUUAAUGAGGCGUAGUUUGAAAUGUGACAUGUGCUGCCCCGUAAGGUUGCUAACAUUAUCCAGCACAAAACUCCUAGAGUGCAUUUUGAUGCGGUCUCGUGACCGUAACGGCCAAUAGAAUAAAGGAAAAUAUCACAAGCCAAUGAGAAAACAGAUUGAAAACUUGCGUGGGUUUAAGGGAGUGAUCCAAGUGCGAUUGUUGGAAGUAUUGCAUCUUGACGAGUCAUCUAGACAAAUUACCGAGCGAGAAUUACUUGCGACACUCACUUCAAAAUAGCUUUAUUUGCAGCGAGUAUCUCAAUUUGUUUUACUGACCUUUUGCAUGAAAUAGCCUCUCAAAUGUGCGUUUCCCCUUGUCAGUUGAUUAAUCAGGAAAAUGUGAUUAUUAAUCAGAUUCCAACAUCGAGUUUAAGUUUUGGCCGGAGCAGACCUGGAUUCAGUAGUGAAGUUGCCAUUGUUGUGAAACACAAGUCGAAAGGGACACAGAGUGAGUUUCUGUUCAUUGUUCUAACCUAAAUUGCCCUCGCUAAACGCCACUUUUUUUGUCAAGUAAUUUAGUGUUAACAAGUGAGUUAAUAACGUAAUUUGGCCACCGUAAAGAGUUUAAAGGCGUACGUUUCAAGCGUUAGCCCUUUUUCAGAGCGAUUAUCGAAGGGCUAACGUUCGAAACGUCAGCCUUUAAACUCUUUACGGUGGCCAAUUUACGUUUCCAACUCAGUUGUUAACACUAAAUUACCUGCUAUACUCUCCCACCGACGUAGUACCACAGUUUCUUUAGAAACCUACCCCCUUUAUUCGUUUUUUUUAAUUUGUCAGAUUGGUUAAUAACACUGUUAUAUCAUGUUCUCUGUUUCAGUUUGGUCCCUGGAGAAGUUGUCCAACAAAAUCUACGACAUGAGAGAUCUCUACAAUCAGUGUGUUGAAGACGAUAUUCCUUUCUCCGAAACGGUAAAUACAAGUUUGGCUUACUGAGGUGAAUUUUCAGUGACUUACUUCGUGAAUUGCUGAGACUAAAGAUAAAUAACCUGCAGAAAAAGGAAAAAAUAUGAACCCUUAUUGAAGUUUGACUUAAAUCUCAACUCAGUUGGAAUGGUUUGAUAUGGAAAAGCGUAUUUUAAAGCAUAUUUCUGUUUUGUCAGGAUGAAAACUUGGAUCUGUUUUUCGAGGUGGAGUGCCACACCCUGAUCGGUGUAGCUAACGUUUUUCUUGAGUGUCUGUUACACGAUGUGAACCAUGAGUAUGCAGCACCGAUCAUCAGUCAACAAGGAGAGGUGAGCAUAAAGGCCAUCCAAUUGACAUGCUUCAAGAGUGUCAUGAAGAAGGGUCUCGUAGAGGGCUUUUUCCUUCGUUAUUGUUUUGCACUAGAAAGUUAAAUUGUUUCUUCGAAACUGCGAAUUGAGAUCUUCGGAAGAUUCUUAGGGUGUCUCGAUUUUCGAUUCGCGAAAAUCGAAACUCGAGCCUCGAUUCUUGAAAGUUUCGAAUCUAAACUCUCUUCUUCCAUUUGAGCAGUACUGUUUUCGUAUUGGAGCUCCAUCUGGCUGUUGGGCGAAGCCAGGAUAUUUCGUCAGGUUUUCCUGACAUUUUAUUGGUGCUCUCUGAAGCUCCCGACUCUAGAGAGACGUAAUCGUAAUUUUUCAUCUAAAUUGCUAAAUAGAACUUACUGAUAUGGAUAUGAUUUUACACGUAUGUGACCUUUGCUUUGCUUCCUUUUCAUUUCAGGUUUGUGGCCGGCUGAAGGUCGAGGUUUCUAGGAUUUCAGGUACAUGAUUUACGAAAGCGUUUAAAUGAGCGUGAAUUUUUGUGAACAAGCGUGUUGUUGUGUUACGUGCUUUGGUCGCGUGGAGGUUCGCGACAUAUCGCCGCGAAACGAUUCGAGAAUAGGUCACUACGACUGUUUACUUCGUUUGACAUGAAUAUAUUUUCUCGGAGAGUAGUUGUCCAUGCGAAAGAUUUUUUUUCCCCGUUUUACGUCGCCAAAUUCAAACUGGUUCAAAUUCAUGGGUGCGAUUGCGUCGUGUAAAUGAAUCACAGAAACGUCCCUGAUAGAUAUGCUUUCGUAAUAAUGUGUCGUGGAGAACUUUCUCCUUGUGUGUCGCAUUGUAACGGUUUGGAAUCCAAGAAUUUCAAGCAAAAUGUUUCAUGCUUCAUGUAAAAUCUGCACCGAGCGUGAUUGUAUAAUUUGUUUAAAACGGGGUAAGGUUUCUGUUCAACUAACCUAUCUCUUCUUGUACGUUUUCAACAACAGAGAAAGCUCAGAAGAAGAAGUCUAGAGAGGCUGAAGGUGAUGCUGGAGAAACCUCGAGCGACGAAGAGGACGAUUUGUUAGUCAUACAUGAUGAUAAUGGUGAUGAUGACGAUGAUGAGCUGGUCAAAGGCUCGCAGAUGCAUGUAGAGGUCAAGGUUGUUGAAGCUUAUGACCUGCCCCCAGCUCUGUGCAAUUACGUGUUCUGUCAGUACAAGUUUUGGAAUGACGAUAAUACCAUUGUGGUACCCCCGAUCAAUGCCAGUAUUUCUCAGCCGGGGCCAAAGACAAACACGAUGAUUUUCGAGCAUAAGCAGGUAUGCUCAUUUGCAUAAGGCUUACUUUUCAUUUGCCGUACUGAAUGUGGUGUAUUUCGACGGCGAACAUAUGUAGUCCAACUUACGCUUCGGGGGAACAAGGGAACUGAGCGCAAAAGUGAAAUAUAAUUUAAGCUCCAUGUUUGGCUCAAGACAAGUUUGACGUUUGCGGCAGUAAUUUUCAAAAAGGAAUCCUCUCUAUUUUGUUGGCUAGUAAAGGUCUUUUGUAUUUCUUUAAGCCAUACGAACUAAGAGUUUGUCUCGGUUUCAUCAGAAUGGAAUAACGACACGUCAUUAUUUUUCAUCCGGAGAGGAAAAUAUGACUGAUAUAAUAUAUGUUUAAAUAUUUUCAGUUAUUUGACAUGGAAGUUACGGACGAAUUCGUCGAGUAUGCAUCAGAGGGCUCGCUGGCCAUUGAAGUCUGGGGAAACCGAAUGAAAGGAUUUGAUUCACAAAGUAAAGUAAUGCUAAACUGGAACGUGGAACCUCAGCAAAAAGGACUUCACGACAGGUAUCUGCAACGACCCUUUUCUUUCUUUUGUUCUUGUCUAGCUCUUCGUUAUUUAUGUAAAUAAUAACGAAGUCUGCAUACGACAUAUCGUCAUUUAGAAGCUGGACUGUAUCCCAAUAUUUGUAGCAUCAAGUGUGAAGGAAUCAGUUUCCUUUCCUUGGAUGGGAUGUUAGUUCAUAGGAUCCAGCGCACUGACCAUUAGGCGAGGCGUCUUCACAUUUUGAUCGUGGCAUCAACAGCUACAAUUCCUUGGUCUUGCUUGUAACGUAAUAUCUUUACCCCACAGGUGGGGAGAACUUUUACGAAAGAUGCAGCUCUGGGUGGAAAUAUUGGAAAUUAACGAUCAAGGGGUCUAUGCACCAGUAGAACUACACAUUCAAAAAGACAAUCUAACUGGUGGAGUAUUCCAGCUUCGUCAAGGCCACUCGAGGCGAAUUGUUGUGCGCGUUCAGCCUGUGCCGAGGGCCGGUUCUCUUCCGGUUGUGUGUGACAUCAUUUCCGCUGUGUACAUUGGAAGUGUUAGUAUGAGAACCAAGAAUCAACAACCGCUGGACAGCUAUCAAGAGAAAGAUCUUGCUAUGUAAGUGUUUUUUUUUUUUAUUGAAAGCAAAUUAAACAUAGUUCACUUGGAAAAGUUAUCCUCAAUCCUAAAGUGCUUUAAAGAUUCCACUCAAAUGUUUUUUGCUCUAUUUUCAGUAUUCCUUUUAUAUCAGUUUUCGAUCUUUAUUUUUCUUCAUAGUCUGCGUGAAAAGUGGUCCACUUCUCUGAUGAAAAGACGAGAGUAUUUGGACGAGCAAAUACACUCCUUAAUCGACAAACAAGGUAACGCUUGAGGAGAGAUUAGGAAGAGAAUUGGCCUGCUUGUCGGUGUCGGCAGUAGGGGCAAUGUGCGUGGAGGGAGAAAUAAAAAUCAGAAAAGGACAAUGUGGACUGGAGUGUGUUCCUUCCUUUCGCAUGUUCCUCCUGCGCUAGAUGGCGCUUACCACCCUCUCCAAGCUUGCUGCGCUGGCUUAGAAAAAUUCGAGUUUUUUAUUCAGACCAAACGAGGCACGCAGUAAGAAUUUAGCACUGUUUCUGUUGCAUCAAGCAACAAGGAGUGUUGCCACCCCUUGUGGAAAAGAUUUUGGUCCCUCGUCGGUUGCCCAAUGCAAAUUUAAAGCAAGCUAGGAUGAUUCAGCAUCGACAACUUUAGAAAAUUGAGGGUAUAUUUUCGUCUCUGAUCGGGACACGCUCUAACCUCAAGCAUAACUAUGAAGUAUGUUUCAUCUGCAGACAAAUCAGCGAGCGAUAAAGAGCGGGAGAGCUGGAUGAUCGACCAAUGGGUUUGUCUCACCGAGGAGAGGAACGCUGUCCUUGUUCCGAUACGAGGAAGUGGAAUCCCCGGUGCUCCGCCUCUUGAAGGGUAAGGAUCUUUCUACACGACCGCGUCGGCAUCUCACCCCGAGUAACUACUGAUUAGGGUUAAGGAGACUACUAGCUGCUAAUUAAAUAUUUACAUGUUCCCUCAGGGGUUAAAUUCUUCCGGGUGUUCUUUUAUAGGACUGUGCCGCUGGGAAUGGAGAAGUACAACCCUGUUAUCUUUCUGGAUUUACAGAAUGGUAAGGCAAUCGAUUUAACUUUGUUUGGUUGGUUUAAAAUGUAUGUUGCUUCGCAUUUGUUAUGGGAAGGUGAAGAAUUUUGUAACGUGUGGUGAAAAUUUGCCCUUCGUAGAAACACAUGCUCUGUGGAGAGGUUAUUACUUAUACUCUCUUUGGAAUUUCUACCCAAGGAAAGCGUUGUGUGUUGGAGUGAGGUUUCCUGGUAUGAAAGCGUGACAUAAGAAAUUUUCUACGCAAGAUGUGCGCGAUUAUCUUUGUGAUCUCACUCGGUCUUUUCUGUUUUUAUAAUUUCUUUCGAAUCAAAACCAAUCUUGCUUUUCGCAGAGAGAGGAAGAAAGAAUUAUAGAUAAAUAAGUGUGUUGCCCUCUCCUCCCCACAGAUGAUGUGAGAAGCGGCUGUAUGGAAGAAGGAGGCCCGGCAGGAGUGGAUUCUACUUUGGUGUUCGAAAAUUCCGACCACAUGAUGGAACUACCGAUUAUAAACUACGAUCAGAAGCAGGUUUGUGAUCAACACACCCCGCGUGUGUAAUUAUGAACGUGAAUUCUUUUCAGGCAAGUUCAGGGUGCUUAGUCACGUGACUUUUUACCUCACUGACUUAAGUCACGACGGUAUCACGCCAUGGCUACCACCUGAGCUAAAUAUAUCAGAGCAAUCAAAUUAUCUUCUUCCCUGCACCCUACUUGGCUAUUGUGGUUUCAGUGGUAACUGUGUUUGGGCUGCAUCAAAUGUGAUUCCUCGACAUUGUGCGUGAUAUCUUUUAUAAUGACUUGUAGGUUUCUGCCACUGUGUUAUGGGAUUCGUCAAUUCACGACUCCGUGUUUCUUAACCGUGUCACGCAAUCACAUGAAAGAGUUUAUCUGAUCUUGAAGGUAUGUUAGAAAACUACAAAGAAAUCGCUUUCAAUUAAGAUAGAAUUUAAGAUAGAAUUUUCCUCAAUGAACAUAACUGUUGCUCAUUAAACCCUGUUACUUUGUGGGGUUGCUAUUUUAUCUUGGAAGCAAAUUCUUAAAAGCAUUUUAGAACUGAAUUUGUGGAACUUUAAAUGGAGAAUUCUUCAUUAAAUCGGAGGAGGCAAAGGUUAAAAUGAUCCUAUUCCGAUUACCCUUCCUAACUGCAGAUCAUCGUUCGCCUCGCAAGUCCAAUCGCGAUGGAUCUGGUCCUUCGGAAAAGAAUUUCAGUCAAAAUAUACAAGAAACAAAGCUGGAAAGACAGUUUGCUGAGAAAAAUUACAAAGGUAUGUGAAACUUCUGGCAGUUGUCCCUUUUAAGAUAUAUUUGGUUUCGUUCAUACGUCAUUUUUUUGAUUGACGUGUCGUACUGUGAUGUAUUAGAUUAAAAACUAAAUAUUUUGAUAAUUUAUCUUUUACAAGGAUAUCAUAACACGGUCUGGCGUGACGUACGAACUUGUUUCACACAUUCCACGGGUAAGUUAACGCUUACAAAAUGAACGAUUUUCUUGUCAUGAUAAUUUACCAAGAGGGUAAGAGUGAAUUUAAGCUGAGCUAGGAACAGAUGAAAUUAGGAGUAAUUUGAUAUGGCAUUUAAACCAUCUCUCUGGUAAAUAGAUAUUUGCCGUUUGCCUCAUAGUCGCCCUCUAACCCUCUAGGGCUUUGCUAUAGACCUCAAUAUUCUCCGUUCGACCCUUGCUUGAUGGAAUACGAGAAUUACGAGGUGAACAAGGGUACUGAUAAGUUCAUCUUUCAAUCACCUUGCAGCAACCGGGAGAGGAGACAGAAGAACGCGAGAGCCUGGCACAAAUGGCUGCAUUAGCUGUGGGGGAGGGGGAGGAGGAGGAUGAAUCCGUGUUGAGAAAGUACAGCAAAGGAAUCUCACAUGUGGAAAGUUUGUUGGCACUCGAUCGACUCAGACAGGUACGGCGCCAAAGAACUUGGUGGCUGUCAAGCGGUGCUCAAUGGGUAGCGCGUUGGACUCUGAAUUAAAAAGCCUGGAUUCGAGACCUGACCAAGUCAUUGUGAUGUGUUCACGAGCAAGAUUCUCUACCGUCGAAGUUGCUCUCCCUACGAAACUUGACGAAAUAAAGGGGUUUAAUUGGCGAUUAACUAGCGUAGCGUCCCAUUCAGGGGGGAAGUAGAAAUACCUCUAAGCGGUGUAUGUCACGCAAACCGGGAUAAUUUCCAGUGGGGGAGAACACGUGACUCCUAGUACACGAUUUAUGGAAGUAUUCAGUAAGGAGAUAGUAAUAAUAAUAUCGCUUGUGACCUUAAAUCACUUGGAUGUUUCUUCAGCAAUGCACCAACAAUUGAAAGCGUUUGUUUGUUUAUUUGUUUCGUCGCCCCAAAUUACUAAAAUGGGUGAAUUAUUGAGCGAAAUGUGCUUGUCUCUUUGGCAGGAAGUUAUGGUGAAGGAGAAACUGGCGGCCAUUGGAAAGCCCUUGAGGAAAUUCGCCAGUACUCCAAACUUGGCAGCUGCGGUAAGAUGUACUGCUUCUUUGGUCUUUGUUUAACUUAAGUUGGCUUUGUUAAUUACACAAUGACUUCUUACAAGUAGAAAAAAAAACAUUCACAAAAUAGUAGUUACAACCUCGACAAGUCUUGAGGCUCAUGAUUUUUGUUGUUGUUUUUCCUGCUUUUAUAGUCGGGGGACCUUUCGUUCGGGUUCAGUGGAAAAGACGAUCGAUUUGAUUCACCAGAGAGUCACAAACUUUGGAAUACAAGGGUGAGAAUCAGUUAUUUCAUAGAAGUCUCCAUCUAAUUUAUAUUUUAACAUUGUCAAUACACUACUACAUUAGAAUUGACCUUUUGUAAAAGAGAAGAGUGAAACAUUUGUGAACGUUCUUGUUAACAGGCUAACAACAGAAGCGAUUUUGUUCUACCGGGGAGUUUCACAGAUCCUCGGCCAAUAAGACCAACGAAGGAGGAGAUUUUACUUGACCUCUCACAAAUGAAUGAAAAAUUCAGCUCAUCACCCACUACAUCAGGUGUUGUAUUGCGGAAUUCAGGAGGCGGAUCAUCUAACUCACGCCCCAGCUCCCUUCUCAUGGAGCUUGAGCCUCUAGAAGAGGAUGAAUCUACUCCCGCACCGAGCCCUCAAGUCAGGAAAAAUCCCAAGGCUUUGUUCGACUUCCAAGAGACUACAGGCCAAGGGUCUACUGAAGGAACAGUCAGCCCCCUUUCAGAUGAACUUCGGGAACGUUCAGGUAGCGCAGAUACGCUAACUUGUGAAGAUCCCUCCGCGCCGACGCCAACGCCGACGGCGUCGGGUGAAGAUUUAUCGAAUCCGCCAGUACAGGCAAACGAUUUCAAAUCGAUCAGUCUGGAAAAUAACUUGAUAGAUUUUGCUUCCGAGAAGAGCAGUGCGAAGCCAAGUGUGGGGAUAACAUUACGCGGUUUAGAUGACGCUCUGGACGACGAAGAAGACGAAGAUGAACUCUCAUCGCUUCUCACACAAACUCAGGUAGAGGGGGAACCAUUGGAACUACUAGGAGAUAGCGAGGAGCAGAAUUCCAUUCCACACGAAAAGUCAAACUCUAGCAGUCGAGAGGAUCUGCUGGGUUCCUUCGAGGGGGAGGAUGUGCACGAUUCGCUGGAUUCCUUGGGGGAUUUGAAAAAGGGGCAGGUUAUUUGCAUCGGAGACAAAAAAACUGGCAGGAUUAGAUAUAUUGGACCAACUGAAUUUGCUCCUGGUGUUUGGAUUGGUGUUGAAUUGGACACCCCCUCAGGUGAGUCAUUUUUCAGUAAAAAUUUUAACUCAGUGUCCGAAAUAAACCUGGAUUGCUUUGGUUUUGCUGCUUGUCGCUCCGUGAUUGGUCAAGAAAAAUUGCGGGACCCUGUCAACCAAUCAGUUGCAACACUAAAAACGAGUACGACCUACAUGAAGUAACUCGUCUUUGUGUUGCUCUAGGCUCUAGGCUCUAGGCGGGUGACAUCUUUUUACUGCAAGUUCUCAUUAUGUUAUUGUACCCGCUGUUAUUACAUCAGUGUGAUUUUAGGCACUUAAUAUUAAAAGUUGGGAUAAGCUCUGCUAAUUAUUUACCUCAGUCUCGUGAGGAUAUUAAGCCUUGCAGAUAUGCUCCUCGUUUUGUGCGAUAUGGACGUUUUAUGGGCUAAGUUUCGUUUUGAUGAUUGUUCUCGUUCACUAGGAAAAAAUGACGGGUCUGUGAGUGGUCAGCGGUACUUCGCCUGUAAGCCUCGUUAUGGAUCCUUUGUAAAACCCGAAAAGGUAUUUCCCAUCGACUCUGUCAAGCGCGAACUAGCCGACCAGAAAGGCUUAGGGCGAGCCAACAGCCCUACCCAGAGUCCCGUGGUUAUGAGAAAACAAACACGUGACAACCGACGUAAGAAUGAAUGGAAAAGAAAAUCAAACAUUUUAUUUUAAACAACUUAAUUUGUUGUAAACCACAGAUAAGAGACAAAGUUGAGGACAAUUUUCGGAAGACUAUCAGUCAUAUAUUUUUAAUCAAAACUGUUCCGUUCGGGAAACAAGCAAUCCGUAUUCAGGAAUUUGGAAACCAUUUGAAUUUAUACAUAGGAUGUGGCAAAUAGUGGACACACUGUUUGAAACCUUUUUAAUUCUCAGGUAUAUUUAGUAUUAUUCAUACAAUUAGAUGUAAAAUUAUUUCUCGUGCGGUAAUUUUGCUCUCGGAGAGAACCAAAAAAAAUUUUUGAUAAGUAUGUGGCUACGCUGCGCGCGCUGCGGGCUCCGCUAUUAGUCUGGUUUAGAAAUAAGACCUCCAGAACGUUGCGAAUCAACCAGAAAAGACGAUUGGUGGCCAGAGAUGGACAGGUUUAAAAUCGCAAACUUAAGUCGGUGGAGGCGAACAAUAAGGGUGAACAGAGAUGGUUAAGAAUGGAGAUGAUAUACACGGGCUGAGGAUAAUGAACUGGAGAAAUGUAAAAGGAAUUUUCCAACAUUCGCCAUUUGUGAGGAGCUCCUUUUGUUUAGGUUAAAGUGUAGAAACGGCUGGAAAAAUUAGUAACGUAGACGGUUCACAAAUUGCAUUUUAUCGACUUUAAUAAUCAUUUCUUAUGUGCCACAACGUUAUAUACAUUGGCGGAUCUUAAGUAAUUUUGACGGAAUGUUAGGAGCUCCAAGCUUGAAAUGAACAGAAAUGAGAUUUAGAAUUACCCGCAAGUAAAUUAUGAAUUGUACAGUUUCGAAUUCGAAUACGCGGGAAUCAGCAGUCAUUUGUGAGUGGGUAAAAUGCAGGAAGAAAUUAAGACAUGUAUUUAUUUUAAUAGUUUAAAUUUUUUGUAGCGAUUUGUAUUUAAACAAAUGGGUCUGGGCUCUCCUCGACAAGCCUCAUACACCCAAGUAUUAAGAAUACCCCUCGGGUAAGAGGACGCUGGUAUGCCCCAGGGGGACAACGUCCUAUAAUUCCCAGGGGUAGAGAUAUAACCCCUGAAAACAGUAACUGCUUUUGGUAAGGAAGGGAAGGGAGUUUGUUUGUGGGGUGGGGUUGAGUGGCCUAAAGCCGUUGUUGUUCAGAAUGUAACAAUUUUGGAGUUACAUUUUGACAUUACACCAACGUUUUCAUACACUGCCUUUCUCGCACUCCGACGAGAGAGGCAGGGAGCUGGAUCGAGGUUUGAUCAGAAUGGCGAAAGUUUAGAAGUGAGGGUCACAGACUUUAAGGAGAACAUGGAAUCGGAAGUCCCCUUCCCUCUUAAUAAUUCUGGAACUAAGGGAACGUUUUAUACCAUAACGAAGGUAAAUUUUAAAAAAUAUCUAACAACGCCGAUGAAUAAAAGAAUUUAAUAUACAGAUUGUUUUUCAUAACUAUUUGGGGAAAUGAUAGUUUUAAAUUGUAACUACGAUUAGCUCAAAGAGACCUUUGAAAAAGUUAUUACCAAAUUUUAAGGGACUGGGCACUAGAAAGGAAUGUGUAAAUUUACUGGUUAAAGUGUUGGCUGUCUGUUUAUUUUUCCUCUUAUGAAAGUUAAUCGGUAAGUAAUGUAAGUUAGAUUUGCGGUAUAAUUUUAAAAAAGUGGGCGGAAUAAACGAAGGUUACCGC